GGAGUCUUCCAAAUGCAAGUUAAGCAGUACUAGCACUUGAAUAGCGCGAACCCUUUCUCCACUGCCCGGACCACGCACGUACAUCCUCUCCUACGUACGUACGUGGUGACUUUGCGUGCGCGAGAGUGACACUGCCCCCUUUCCCACCAUCGAAUUCGCUAGCUAGCAGCGCUCCGUUCACACUUCACACGCCGCGUCCCUCCCUAUAAGUAGGCAGCUGCGUGGCGCGGCAGCAAGAUCUCAUCUCGCCGGCACGGAGGAGCUACAGCGCGUGCAAAAUGGUCAAGAACCACCCGGGCAGUGGCACUAGCAGCAGGUGCGUCGACGCUGCGGCGGUACCGGAGAGCGGCGGUAGGCGGCCGGCGGCAAUGGCGGUGAGGCAGUACAAGGGCGUGCGGAUGCGGAGCUGGGGGUCGUGGGUGUCCGAGAUCAGGGCGCCGCACCAGAAGCGCCGGAUCUGGCUCGGCUCCUACGCCACCCCGGAGGCCGCCGCGCGCGCCUACGAUGCCGCCCUCCUCUGCCUCAAGGGCUCCGACGCCGUCCUCAACUUCCCGUCCUCGUCCUCCGCCUCACCACCCUCGCCGCCGCAUUCCGUUCCCGCCGACGACCUGUCCCCGAGGUCCAUCCAGCGCGCGGCCGCCGCCGCCGCCGCGGCCUUCGAAGCCACCAGGAUCGUCGUGGACGACAGCUGCUCUUCCAGCGCCGAGGCGACGACGCCGCGGACCUCGGUCUCGGUGUCGACGCUGGGGAGCGCCGACGUCCAGGAGCACGCCACGUCCUCGAUGUCCCGCGCGGCCAGCGCUGGCUCGCCGGUGGGAGAUCACGAGGAGCUGUGGACGGACCUGGACGCCUUCGCGUCCCCCAAGCUCAUGGAUCUCAUCGCCGCCGGUCACGCCACGCCCUUCUCGUCGACCUGGGAGGAGCCCGAGGAGGACGGCGAGAUGAUGAGGCUGUGGAGCUUCUGCUAGAGCGAUGAUGCACGUACGCACCGUUUGCAAUGGAUCGACUUCGACACGCGCAUCCAUCCAUGAGUCGAUCGCCAUCCAUUGAUCAUCGAUUUUUCUCUUCUCCCAUGGAAGCUUAGCUAGCUAGGUGCAUGCAUGGAUCCUCUCUAGGCUAGCUCCAGCUAGGUCUCAGUCCAAGUCUGCUUCCACAGAUUCUUUCGUUCGUUUUUAGUGUAAGAACAUAAUACUUAUACUACCACAAUUAAUAUACUUAAUGACAUGUGUGUGUUUAUUUGGCGAGACGUCAAUAAUAAUAGUACUGCCACUA